AUGGCUGGGCUUAAUCAGAAGUCUGUCUUGGAUAUGAUUAAAGAGUUCAGAAGGAAUUGGCACACUUUUUGUGACUCUGAGAGAACUACUGUGUGUGGUGCAGACUCCAUGCUCUUGGCAUUGCAGCUUUCCAUGGCAGAAAACAACAAGCAGCACAGUGGAGAAUUUAUAGUCUCUCUCAGUGAUGUCUUACUGACCUGGAAAUACUUACUACAUGAGAAACUGAACUUACCAGUUGAAAAUAUGGAAGUGACUGACCAUUAUGAGGACAUUAGGAGGACUUAUGACGCUUUCUUAAAAAAUAGUAAUAUGUUAGAUCUGAUUGAUGUUUAUAGAAAAUAUAGUAUUUUGGCUUCUAAUUGUGAAAGUGAUGCCAACAUAUCCCCUAGUCAACUACGGGAUUUUCUGUCUGGUAGACAAUGUACAGAAGAUGAUGAAGCUGAUCUUCAUGUGCCAACAUCACCAAUGAGUAAACACAACCAUGAAAAUGAAAAGGUGCAGUUACUAGCAAAGAAAAUUAUCUACUCAUAUUUAAACCUGCUAGUGAAUUCAAAGAAUGACCUGGCUCUGGCUCAUAUUCUCAAUAUUCCUGAUAGAGGACUUGGAAGAGAAGCCUUCACUGAUCUGAAACAUGCUGCUCAAGAGAAACAUAUGUCUAUCUUUUUGGUGGCCACAUCAUUUAUUAGAACAAUAGAGCUUGGAGGGAAAGGCUAUGCACCAUUACCAUCUGAUCCUUUAAGGACACAUGUAAAAGGAUUGUCUAAUUUUAUUAACUUCAUGGACACAUUACAUGAGAUUCUUGGAGAAAUACCAAAUCCCAGCAUUGCAGGAGGCCGAAUACUCUCAGUAAUAAAGAUGCAGCUGAUUAAAGGCCAGAACAGCAGGGAUUCUUUUUAUAAAGCAGUAGAGGAAGUUGCUCAGGAUUUGGAUUUGAGGAUUAAAAAUAUUAUCAAUUCUGAACAAGGAGAUGUAGCUGUUAGUACCACUGACAUCAGUCCUGCACGGCCAAAAUCUUAUGCCAUAAACCAUGGAACUGCAUACUGUGGCAGAGAUACCAUGAAAAUUUUACUAGUUCUUUUGGAUGAAGAAGCAGCUAGUGCUCCUACCAAAAACAAGGCAGAGCUUUUAUAUGAUGAUGAAAACACACAUCCUCAUACUGGGACUUCUAUUCUUACACUUUUUAGAUCUCCCACACAAGUGAGUAAUUCAUCAUUGAAACCCCUAAGAGAACGUAUCCGUAAGUCAAUAGAAGAGAAAAAAAUUAAGAUGAAGCAAACCUUAAUUAGAUCCCAGUUUGCUUGUACUUAUAAGGAUGACUGCACAAUAAGCAAAGGUAAAUGGAAUCAUGUUAAUUCAACAUCAAAGCCUUUGUGCGUUCUUCACAUGGAAAAUGACCUUUCAGAAGGUGUAAAUUCAUCUGUUGGAAGACCAAUAAUUGGAAAAAAUUCUGGAAAUGUUCAUCUGGACAGAAGUAAAAAUGAAAAAGAAGGAAGAAAGUCAAGUCGUCAGACAGGAAAUAAAAACUCAAAAAGAAAACAGGUUGAUUUGAAUGAUGAAAAUAAUCUCUGCAAUAAUGGGAAUGAACCAUGUGAACAUAAAAAUAUUAAGAUAUGUAAGACAUUAAAUGAUGUCUUGCAAAAUAAAUUGGAUGGCAAACUCUCCCGAGUAGCAAAAAGCAAGAAGUGCUCUGCCAAGGACAAGCUGAUUACUGGCCAGGCAAAGUUAACUCAGUUUUUCAGACUGUGAAUUUGUGUUUUAUGUGCUUUAGAUUUCUGUAUAUAUAAAACCAUUUACCAAAGACAUCUACUUAAUUUUUAGGAGAACAGGUAAAAUUAUGAUGCUUUAUUAUUUUGGUCUGGAGUUUGUGUAAGGUUAUUAACAUGUUAAGCAUUGUUUAAAAAAAUACUAGUAAGUCAUAAUGAUGCAGAAUAUUCACAAAAGUUUAAUGCACAGAUAAAGCAUAUCAUUUAGGUUGCUGAUAUAUCUUAAUAUUACUUUCUUUUAAAACAGACAUUGAAAAUAUGAAUCAUAGUAACUUUAAGGGCUUUUCCCCCCAUAGGCAAUUAAAUGAUUUUGUUUUCUUCUGAAAAGAUGAUGUGGACCAGCAGGUAUCAGAUUUGCCAACAAGGUCGAUAGACUCUUCCCAGCAUACACCUGAGCACUGAAGGAAAGGAAAAAAAAGUUUAAAUUGUUUAAAGAAUCAUUAUUAUCACAUCAAAUUUCUUAGAAAUAAAAGAAUGGAUCUAGUAUAGCUAAGUGAGUGACAAUACAAUACAAAAUUACAAUAACUAAUUAAGUGCUUUUAAAUCCCACAUCUUUGGCAGGGGUCAUUUAAUAGCAAGUGUAAUUGAACCAUGGUCUUAACUGAAUUUUGUUACGGUUAGAUCCAAAUUCAGUUAAACUCAAGAGUUCUAUUUUAGGGUAAGAUACAAUAAUAUGGUAAGAUAUAAAAAUUAAAUUUUAAAAAGACUACUCACUGUCAAAAUCUCUUCUUCCUAUAGGAAAUUUAGCUGAGUUUUCUUCAUCUCCAAUUUCUCUCUUUUCUUGUGUUGGUUCAGUAUUCUGAACUCUAUUCUCAGCUGGAAAUCCUUUUAGUGUAAGAUAAGGUUUUAUAGCCAGAUUCAGUGGCAGACCAUGAUUUAAGAAAUUGUAUUUGGAGCCUGCAUUCUGUAAAGAAAAGGUUGAUUUGUAUUUUAGCUGUCUUACUCGGAAUGGAAUUAUAAUGCAAUUGUAUAAUAUUCUCAUCAAUCAGUUCAAAGAUGCUCUGCAAUGUUUUAGAUCUUUAAAAGUACCGUAGGUACAGGUCUUUGGGGAAAAAGAUCCUUUUGAGUAAGAGGUGUUGUCCAGGAUGAAAGAACAACCUGGUAUGUAUGAAGUUUCAACAGUCGGUCUAAUGCAUAUUGUGACUAUUUGCUCAUACUUCUGUUUAUAAAAUAGAAGCAUCGAUUUUACUUUCAAAGGAUUCAUAAAAAUCAUCCAAAUUUCCACAUUGCCACUUACCUUUGAAUUUUUGUUUUCCUCAUCAUUCAUGAAACUGCUCUCAUCAUUUUUAUAUUGUUCCAGAGAAGGAGCAAUGACUGUUUUUUGUGCAGUAUCUUCCUUCUGAACGGCUUUCCCCAGCCUGAAUGUGUUAAAUACCAUGUCAUCUUCUAAAUUUCUAAUAGACUUGGUUGCUGAAAGUAAAAUGCCUUGAGAAAACAAAGAAAAAGUUAGCAUUAAUAUGUAGGAAGAGGGACUCAUUUUUACCAUUCUAGUUUGAUGUUCGCACAGAGUCAAAGAUGUGUAAAUUGAAGAAAAAUUUCUCAGUUAACCUGCUUUGUAAAUGAUUCCUACCUUUAUAUAUUUUGUAGCUUGAAUAGAAAGCCCUUCAAAGACUUAAACUUUCAUCACUUUAGAAAUGAUUCAUCUGAUAGAGGCUAACCUUUUGUGUAACUGCUAAUGCCUACAUUGUUUUGGUUUUAGUGGCAUAUUGUUUAUUUUGAGUGUGAAUUUCCUCAGAAUCUGAUUAAGAUCCUUGGUAGAACACUUUCUUUUGAGUAGAUUAUAGUCUCUUGAAAAUGGUUUGUUUUUAAGGAAGACCACAGGACAUCAGGCUUUCCAUAUUCUUAUUGUUUCCUUCUGUAUAUUUUCUGAUUAAGAUAUUAAAACUAAAAUUAUUUCACUCAAGGAUGAUAAGGAUAAAAGUUUUAUUUACUUUUAAUCCGGAUUAAAUUGAACUAAUCUUCAAAAAGGAUUUUCUCCCAUAAAUCUUGAUAUGGUCUUUGGUGAUGUAAUAAUUAUGCCUGUCAUUGUGAACAAAAAGCUGAUCAUGCUCUAGCUAAAACUGACCUGUCAGUUGUGUUUUAUCUCUUCAUUUACAAAAGAAUAUUUCUGAUAUUUAUUAAUGAAUUUAGCAAUUAAUAGGAACCUUAAGAGAAUAUUUAGGUACUCUGUAAAUAAAUAUCAAUGUUGGAUGUUGAGUAUGUUGUAUGCUUGUAAUAAAACAUUUCAGAUAUCUUUUCUCAUUUUGACCCCACCAAGUUAAGAGACUAUAUUUUUGUAUAUGUAUUUCUGGUACAUAGGUGCAAAUUUUCCUAGGGUAUGUUCCUACGUAUGGAAUUUCUGGGUCAUGGAGUAUGUACAACUAGCUUUACUAAUGCCAAAAUGUUUACAGAAUAGUAGUCGUCAGUUUAAGCUCGCACCAGCUCCCAUUGCUCCAUUGAACCAUUUAUGGUUCCUUUGAUAUAAAAUGCCUUUAAAAAAAGAAUCUUGUCCAUUUUUCUAUUGGGUUGCUUCUCUUACUCAUUUGGUUUAUGGGAGUUUUUUGUAUAUCCUGAAUAUUAAUUCUUUGUUAGUUAUUUGUGUUUUAAGUAUCUUUCUCGCUUGAGUUGUCUUUUCAAUUCCUUUAUGUCUUUUGGUGAAAUUGCUUAACUCUAAUGUUUUAAUUUCUUUUUUUUCUCUCUUUAUGGUUAGUAUCUUUAAUAUACUGUUAUUUAGAAAUCCUUCCCAACCUUGAGAUCAUUAACAUAUUUUUGUGUAUUUAAAUGUUUUGACGUUCACAUUUAAAUUCUUAAUUCAUUUAGAAUUUUUGUGUAUGAUAAAAGAUAGACAUAAAAUUUUACUUUUUCCAAAUAUCCUUACAUAUUUCUUGAAUAAUUCAUUGUGUCCCAACUAAUCUGCAGUGCCAUUUUUGGAGUAUAUCAAAUUUCCAUAUAUGUGUGGGUCUUUCCUGGAUUCUCUAGUCCACUGCUAAAUACAGUCUUAAUCAUUAUAACCUUAAAAUAAUUUUUGUUAUCGGUAGGUCAAAUUUCUCAGCCCCCUACUCACCCACUAGUUUUUCAUCUCCAGCAGUUCCUUGGCUAUUUUUAUCCAUUUCUUUUUCAUAUAAAUCUUAACAUCAGCUUCUCAGAUUCUGAGAAACUUGAAUGGGAAUUUGAAGGGAAUUGCAUUCAUUCUGUAGAUUAAUUUUGGAGGGUAAUUGACACCCUUAAGAUAACUUAAUUUCUUAUCCAUGAACAUAGUUCUUUUCCAUAUUAAUUUAAAUUUUCUUAAUCUUUUAAUAACAUUUGGUUGUUUUCUUUAUAAAGGUCUAGCAUAACGUUUGUUGAAGGAAUUAUAUUUCUUUGUAAUUAUAAUUAAACUCCUCAUUUUUAGUUAUUAUAAAUGGUAUCUUAAAAAAUUCACCUUUCUAGCAUUAUUUCUAGUCUGUACAUAUGAAAUUGGUUUUUAUGUAGUGCUUUUGUAUACAAAAAAAACUUCCUGAAUUCUUUUUAGCUCCAAAUAGUUUACAAAUGUGUUAUUUCUUUGGGGUUGUCCAUGAAGAAAUUGAUAUAAAUAAUAAAAUAAUGGCAUUUUAUUUCCUCCUUACAAGUCCUUCUAUAUGUGUAUGUGCGUUUGUGUAUGUGAGUUUGUGUGGCUAUCCAAGUGAGCAUGCACACUGACCAAAACCUCCAGUAAAUGUUGGAAAUGGAGAUAACAGACAUCUUGAUUACUGAAUUUAAAGAGAAUGUUUUAAUAUUUCACCACUGAACAUGAUGUUUGCUUUAGGAUUUUUAUAGACACUCUUUAUAAUUUGUGAGAUGUUCUCUUCUAUUUUUGGCUUACUAGUAGUUUUUAUCAUGAAUUGUGGAAUGUUAUUGAACACUUCUUUUGCCAUCUAUGGAGAUGAUCAUAUCCUUUCCUCCUUGUCUUUAAUUUAGUAAAUUAAAUGAAGAGAUUCUUUUCAUGCUAUAUUAACCAUGUGUUCAUGAAACAAAUGUUUUACAAAUAUUGGAUUCAAUUUAGUAGUAUUUGAUUUACAUUUAUUGUCAUAAGUGAGAUCUAUCUGUUAUUUCCCUUUCUUAUACUACCUUCAUUUAUCUUGGCAUUAAGGUUGUAUUAGCUUCAUAAAGUGAACCGGGGAGCAAAUUUCUUUUUGCCUCUGAAAAACUGUUUGGGCUUGGUGUUUUCUUGGUGGCCUUUUUUUUUUUAAUGAUUGAUUGGUUUUCUUCAGUGUAGGAACAUUCAGCCUGUUUCUUAUUUAGUCUGUUUUAGGAAGUCAAAAUAUUGUAGAAGUUGCCUAUUUCACUUGUUUUCAAAUUUGCUAGUAUAAAGUUACAAUAUUUUCUUCUAAAUAUUUUAAGCCUUGAAGUUGCAUAUCAUUCUAAUUAUGCUUAUUUGUGAUCUAUUGGUCUCUACCUGUCUCUUCUCCACCCCUUUUUUCAAUCAGGCUUGGUAGAGGUUUAUUGAUUUUGUUAGCCUUUCCAAAAAACUUCUGGUUUUUGUUGAUCUUUAGUAUUUUUUUUCUAUUUCAUCAAUUUCUGCUUUUUAUUAUUUCUUUGAGGUUUAUUUUGCUAUUUUCCUAACUUCCUAAAUUGAAGGAAUAACUUGUUAAUAUUUAGACUUUUUAAAGUAUUCAGGCAUUUAAAGCUAUACAUUUUCCUUUAUGUAUCAUUUUUGUUAAGUCCAACAAUUUUGAUAGGAAGGAAAUUCAAUGUUUAAUUCUAAGUUUUUAUAAUUUUUAUUAUUUUUUCUUGCUUGAACACCAGUUAUUUAGAUUUUUUAGCAUUCCAAAUGUGUGGAAUUGAAAUUUUGGGGGAAGGAGUCACAAGUUCCAAUCAAACUGGGUUGUUGUCAGAAAUCUCGGUCUAUAAAUUAUAGAGUAUUUGAAAUCUGCAUUGGGUUGAAUAGCAUAUAAUUAAUUAUUUUCAACUGCUUUUGAUGUACAAAUAACAAUUUUAUAUGGUUCAACUUAGAGGAACUUUCCUUAUGGCCUAGUAUCUUCACUUUGCAUAAAAGUUCAAUUUAUCCUUGAAAAGAAAAUGUAUACAUUAUUAUUGAGAGCAGGAUUCUAUAUGUGUCCAUAAGAUGAAACUUGAUAAUA